AUGGCCAACUCGGCCAUCAGCGAUCGAUACAUGAAAUACGUUAAGCAGCUAACCCCCUCAUGCAAUUGCCACCAAAACCACAUCGUAUGUCACCACCGCAGUUCCAUCGGCGCCAGCGCCAUCCAGAAAACCAAGAUCCUCGAGGAAACGGACAUCGGACGCUGUGAAUGUCUUGCGAUUGAACCGACGAUUCCACCACCCCAGCCGGAGACAUAUACUGGACAUCUUGCUGUGCUUCGCAAUCCUACGCAUAGAGAAUGGGGAUCGAGACCCCAUCGAUAUCUCUCGCCUACGCUGUGUAAUAUCUCGUCGUGUUAUGUGAAGCGGUUUGUGGAACCUCUUGUGAGAAAAAACCUUAGUAGGGGAGAAUGGACGGGGAGACAUGAGUUUACGAUGGCGGUGGUGCAGGUAGAGGAAAUUAGGACGCUGCGUGAUAAGGGAGUGACGUAUCGGAAGGAAAAAAGUAAAUAUAUUGAUAAAGUCAAUGUACAGAGGAAGAAACACUAUGAAUUCGAACAACAGGUUGAGAUUCUGAUGACAAAGAUCCAAGAAAUCAGAUGGAAGAGAGAGAAAGAAGAGGAAUUGGGUGAUUUUCUUGAAAAUCUGGUUGGGUGUAAGGAAAGUGCGGAACAGAAACGAGAAUUUGAGGAACAGAAGAGAGAGUUUUUGGAAACGAGGGAGAAGUUGAAACGGGGGAGUGAAUAUUUUGUUAGGAGUAUGGAGGAUGAUUUGAGAUUUGCGGAGAGGAGUGAGGAUAGUGGGUUGGUAGAAAAGAUUGCGCGGAGUGGGGAGUUGGUUUUAGGGUAUUUGGGUGGGUAUUUGGAGGAGGUGGAUGAGAAUGUGUGGAGGGAUCAAGAAAAGGAAAGGGAGGAAGGGGUGAAACGGAAGAGAGAGGGGGGGGAAGGGGUGGAGAAAAGGAAGAAAGCGGGAGGGGAUGCGGGUGUGGGGGAAAACAUCAAAAUGGAAUGA